CAUUCCAUUAGGAGCAUUCCCAUCUUAUAGAUGUCAUGGCCUUCAGGGUGGAUGUUCUCUUCAACAGCUUGAACGAUUUCCAGGGAGAGAAAGCCAGUCUUGAACAACAGCUCAAUGAAGUCAGAAAUAAGAGGCGUGGCCUUGAAGUAACUCUUGAACAAUGCAAAGUGAAAGCUCACCAGACCCAGGAGACAAACCAAGCAAUGCAAGAAGCCUCAAAAGUAGCCCAACACAAGAUUGCGCAGAUGCUCAUGCAGGCUAAAAGCCUUGAAGAUGCCAAUGAAAGGGGAAGAACAAAGUUAACGAACCUGAGCACAAAGAUUGAAGACAAUGUGAAAUGCAAGCAAGAGGAUGUACUCAAAUUUGAACAGGAGCUUGAAGACUUGGCCAACAAUCUCACGGCAGCCAAGGAUACAUAUACUGAUGAAGUGAUAGCAGGAGAAAUGCAGAACACUGAAGACGCCAAGAUUGGGUCAUGUGAGGCUGUCAGUCUCUCACAGAACGAGGUGGAGACCCUCACCAAGAUCCUUGACACACUCUCCAUGGAUGAUGACACCAAGUCAACAGAGCCUGUCGUGUCUGCAGAUAUGCAGAAGAUCACUUUGAAUAUGCUAUCUCAGGAGAGAAAGGCAGCACAUGAGGUGACGCCUCAAGUCCACCAGAAUCUAGAACAGCUGCGACAAGAGCUCGAGGAUCUGGAACAGGCCUUGCCGGACACCAGCGAAGAACUCCAAGAGGAAGUCCAUCAAGAUCUCGUGGCAACAGAAAUGUGA